GCGCUCCUCUCGGCCUCAGGCCCUCAGCAUGGCCAAACACGGCCAAUCCCCACUGCGGCCCCGGGUCGGACCGCUGGCACCCUCCUCAUCGCCCCACCAGCUCCGCGCUGCAGUGCUGUGGACCGAGCCAGCUAGGGACUCGCGACGUGCGCCGGGCGCGUUAGCUGCCUCCGGUCCCUUCGUCCAUCCUCCCAGGAGUCUCGCUUUGCCCCAUCUGAAGUCCAUAUGGCUCUUUAUGAUGAAGAUCUCCUGAAAAAUCCUUUCUACCUGGCCCUUCAAAAGUGGCGUCCUGACUUGUGCAACAAGGUGGCCCAACUUCAUGGCAUUGUCUUAGUUCCCUGCAAAGGAAGCCUAACAAGCAAUGUUCAGUCUACUUGUCAGUUUGAGUCCUAUAUUUUGAAACCAGUGGAAGAACACUUUCAGACCUUAAAUGGAAAGGAUGUCUUUAUACAAGGAAACAGGAUUAAAUUAGGAGCUGGUUUCGCCUGUCUUCUCUCAGUGCCCAUUCUCUUUGAAGAAACUUUCUACAAUGAAAAAGAAGAAAGUUUCAGCCUACUGUGUAUAGCCCAUCCUUUGGAGAAGAGAGAGAGUUCAGAAGAGCCUUCAACACCCUCAGAUACCUUUUCCUUGAAAACCAUCGAAGAUGUGAGAGAGUUUUUGGGAAGACACUCGGAGAGAUUUGACAAGAACAUUGCCUCUUUCCAGCGAACAUUCAGGGAAUGUGAAAGAAAGAGCCUCCGUCACCACAUAGACGCGGUGAAUGCACUCUACACCAAAUGCCUCCAGCACCUUCUGAAGGACUCUCACCUGAAGAUGCUUGCCAGGCAUGAGGCCCAGAUGAACCUGAUGAAGCAGGCGGUAGAGAUGUACGUCCAGCACGAUAUUUAUGAUCUGAUCUUUAAAUAUGUGGGGACCAUGGAGGCAAGUGAGGAUGCUGCCUUUAACAAAAUCACAAGAAGCCUUCAAGAUCUUCAGCAGAAAGAUAUUGGUGUGAAACCUGAGUUCAGCUUCAACAUACCUCGUGCAAAGAGAGAACUGGCUCAGCUGAACAAAUGUACCUCCCCACAGCAGAAGUUGGUUUGUUUGCGAAAGGUGGUGCAGCUCAUUACACAGUCUCCUAGCCAGAGAGUUAACUUGGAGACUAUGUGUGCUGAUGAUCUGCUAUCAGUCCUGUUAUAUUUGCUUGUGAAAACAGAGAUACCUAAUUGGAUGGCAAAUUUGAGUUAUAUCAAAAACUUUAGAUUUAGCAACUCGACAAAAGAUGAAUUGGGAUACUGCCUGACCUCAGUUGAAGCUGCAAUUGAAUAUAUUCGGCAAGGAAGCCUCUCUGUCAAACCGCUGGAGUCUGAGGGAUUUGGUGACAGACUGUUCCUUAAGCAGAGAAUGAGCUUACUGUCUCAGAUGACUUCAACUCCCAUUGACUGCCUGUUUAAGCACAUUGCUUCAGGUAACCAGAAAGAAGUGGAAAGACUUCUGAGCCAAGAAGACCAAGAUAAAGAUGCCAUCCAAAAGAUGUGCCACCCCCUGUGCUUCUGUGAUGACUGUGAGAAACUUGUCUCUGGGAGGCUGAAUGAUCCUUCAGUUGUCACUCCAUUCUCCAGAGAUGACAGGGGUCAUACACCACUCCAUGUGGCUGCCCUCUGUGGGCAGGCAUCCCUCAUUGACCUCCUGGUUUCCAAAGGCGCUGUGGUGAACGCCACGGACUAUCACGGGUCAACUCCACUUCAUCUUGCGUGUCAGAAGGGCUAUCAGAGCGUGACGCUGCUGCUGUUGCACUACAAGGCCAGCGCUGAUGUGCAAGACAAUAACGGCAACACCGCUCUCCACCUGGCCUGUGCUCAUGGCCACGAAGACUGUGUGAAGGCUUUGGUCUACUACGAUGUGCAAUCAUGCAGACUAGAUAUUGGUAAUGAGAAAGGAGACACUCCCCUACACAUAGCUGCACGCUGGGGUUACCAGGGCAUCAUAGAGACGUUGCUACAAAAUGGAGCAUCCACAGAGAUCCAGAACAGAAUGAAAGAAACGCCCCUCAAGUGUGCGUUAAACUCAAAGAUUCUGUCUAUAAUGGAAGCCCGUCACAUGUCCUUUGAAAGGAGACAACAGUCUUCAGCAGUCCCUGUGCCACCCCCUCAACACUUCAUGGAUUCCAUCAGCCAGGGGUCCUCCGCCUCCAGCUUCUCCUCUGUGUCCACCAGCUCCAGAAAAAGGGAGCCCAAGAAGGACUACAGAGAGGUAGAAAAACUUUUAAGAGCAGUUGCUGAUGGAGAUUUAGAAAUGGUGCGUUACCUUUUGGAGUGGACAGAGGAGGACCUGGAGGAUGUGGAGGAUGCUGUCAGUGCUGCAGAUCUUGAAUUUUGUCACCCCUUGUGCCAAUGCCCAAAAUGUGCUCCAGCUCAAAAGAAGCUGGCAAAGGUUCCUGCCAGUGGGCUUGGUGUGAAUGUGACCCACCAGGACGGCUCCUCCCCACUGCACGUUGCUGCCCUGCAUGGUCGGGUGGACCUCAUCCCCCUCCUUUUGAAGCAUGGUGCCAAUGUGGCUGCCAGAAAUGCCAACCAAGCUGUCCCACUCCACCUGGCCUGCCAACAAGGCCACUUUCAGGUGGUGAAGUAUCUAUUAGAUUCCAAUGCAAAGCCCAAUAAAAAGGAUGUAAGUGGAAACACACCCCUCAUGUAUGCCUGCUCCAGUGGCCACCAUGAAGUUGCAGCACUGUUGCUACAGCACGGGGCCUCCAUUAAUGCCUCUAACAAUAAGGGCAACACAGCCCUGCAUGAGGCUGUGAUAGAGAAGCAUGUCUUCGUCGUGGAGCUGCUGCUGCUACACGGAGCAUCGGUUCAGCUCUUGAACAAGAGGCAGUGCACAGCUAUAGACUAUGCUGAGCAGAAUUCAAAAAUAAUGGAAUUACUUCAGGUAGUACCAAGCUGUGUGGCCACGUUAGAUGAUGUUGGCGAAACAGACCACAAGGAGUACGUUACUGUUAAGAUCAGGAAAAAAUGGAACUCAAAAAUGUAUAAUCUACAAGAUGAACCUUUCACAAGACAGUUUUACUUUGUCCACUCAGUCGGUCAGUUUAAGGGAAGGACUUCAAGGGAGAUUAUGGCAAGAGAUAAAAGUGUCCCUAAUUUCCCUGAAGAGUCUUCACAUGAGCCAGGAAGGCAAAAAGUCACGCAGAAGCAGAAGAACCUAUCAGACCAGAGCACAUCGCAGACUGCUGACAAAGGAGAUGGUGACCAGCCAAGGCCUGGACUAAAACAAACUGCUCCUGGGAACACACGAAUGCUCCGGAGACACACUGUCAAGGACACAGGCACCGAAGGCCCAGAGACUGCUGACAACCCAACCACUCCCCACGAGGCUAGCAUUUCCCAGUCUUGAUAGUAAUAAGGAAUUAAAUUUGCUAUCAAGAAGUGAGUCCUUAACAAGAAGAUGCCGAGCAUGAAUACAGACAACAUAGAACUAAAUGUACUUUCUGUUUGGCUUGAGAGAAAGCAGAAAGUUCCUGAAAGCUUUCCUAUGGCCCAAAGAAUACAACAAAGAAAAAAAUCACCAUCUCUUUCCUCUUCAGAGCUAAUGAAUACCCUUGAAAAGGGUGUUUCUUCUUUUAAAAAAAUUUUUUUAUUGCUUUAGAGAGAGAUGAAGGAAGAAAAA